AUAUGUAAAGCAUUAGAGUGGUUACCAACUGGGUACUUGAUUCUAUAAUUACCACUUCCUGAGGAAGAAUUCUUGUGUAACAUGGACCUAGACAACCCAAUCCAAUUAAUGUGUUAGGCACGCCCUUGGUUAAUACAAGUCCAGGAGAAGUCCACUGUGUAUAGUGUGCCAUGGAUUCCAUUCUGUCUAAUCCUAGGAAUGUAAAGGCUGCUGUAACCGGAGAGCCUGCAUCUUCAGUAACUCGUACAAUGCAGCAAUCUGUAAUGAAGUCAUCCAUAGCUAACAAGAAGGAAUGCGUCCAGUGCAUUCUGGCCUUUCUGGGCACCAAGGGCUUCCAGCCAUGCUCAGCCAAGGAUCUACUGCGAUCGCCACCGUUGCAGACCCUGUUGGAUAUAUGGAACUUCUUAUUCAGGCUCUUGGACCCUAGUGCCAACGUAACCAAGGAUAACAUGGUUGUUGAGGUCCCCAAGUUUUUUAAAGAGUUUGCAUACCCGCACAUCAUGAAGACCUCUAACCUGCGUACUCCCACUGCUGACCACCAGUGGGAGUCUAACCUGAUCGCACUUUCAUGGUUGUGCAAGUUGCUCCUCUAUGAGCAGGAGUGCUUCGGCAAGAGUUUUGACAAUGUGGCUGUUAAAAGGCAACAUUUACCCAUGGGUAUAAAUGCCCAGGCUACCAUCUCAACAUCUGCAGUGGACCAUUUUGUAACGGAGCAAGCUAGGAAGCACUUUAACCUUUACGUUAGAGGUGAAGAGAACAGCGUCGAGCUCAUGGCGGACUUCCAAAGCGCUAUAUCAGACCUCAUACUGUCGACCCAGGACUCCGUGGACAAGAAAAUGAUAGAACUUGAGGUUGUGCGCGACAAAGCUCUGAGCCUACAGGAUGAGCUGGAGAACUACUCCCGCACUAAGGAGUGGAUGAAAACCGCUAAAGCUGAAUUGCAACGUAUCGAAGAGCUCACUGCAUCCAUACGUGGUUCGUGUUUGCACGCUGUGGAAGCUUUGAAGUCCCAUAACCACACCCUACGCGAAGAGGAGGCUGCCUUGUCACUACAAGAGGAGCAGAACCGUGAGCUUGAACGGAUUAUAGAGAAACAGGAUAUAAACAAGAACGCAGUUAUUGAACUUAACCAGGCAAUAAGGAAGCUUAAGGCGCAUAUAUCGGAUAGUAAUAGAAGGAUUAAAGAGCUGCAACACGAGAUCGUGAUUGGGGGCACUAAGACCCAAUUGGCCGAGGACCAGGUUAUGCGCGCUGGCAGCGCCCUAGAGAGCUUGCACGAGUCAAUGAAGAACAUAUUGGCGAACAAGGGGCAGUAUGCAGAGGCGUGGCACAGCCUAGAGCCACUUAAGAUUAACUGCAAAGGCACUCAUACAAGCGAUAUCCUGGGGGUGCCACCCAGUGCCUACAGUAACGUGGUUGACGAAAUGAUCAACCGAGAUAGAGAUAUGCUGCGCAUGAGCAGGGAUACACGUACAGCCCUGGAGUUAUCCAACCAGGAGUUGGAAUCACUGUAUAAUUCAAUCGCAAAGGAAAUUUCAGACACCCUCCGCAAGGUGUCAUCGCUAUUCCAGACCCAGCUGCGCGAAGAGAAAGACUCGGCUUUGCAAGCUGAGGCCACGAACGUGGCCAAUAGCAUACGCGCCACUAAGAUGGAGGAGCUGGAACGUGCCAAAAGUGAGCUUGCCGGAAUCCAGGAGGCAGUGGCCGAGGCCCAGAACCGAUUACGAGAACAGGAAUCCCAAGCCCAAACCAAAUGGCAGGAAACAGUCAACAAACUAAAGGAAGCAUAUACAACCGCACGGAAUACUAAGCAGGAAAACCGCGAGAUGCUGCAAGACCUGAUCGAUACGGAAAACAGGAUUUUACAAGAGAAUAAAUCACGCCAACAAAAUACAGCAUAAUGUAAUAGGUAC